AAGACCGCUUUCUGUUUUGCCAGGCAGUGAUAAUGGAAAUAAUGAGAGUGAGGACUGUGGUGCCAUUGUCUUUACCAUUGAAAACCACAUGUGCAACAACUCUGGGUGGCUUUAAUCUUCCAAAGAAAACCGUUGUCUGGCCAAAUUUAUGGGCAUUACAUAUGGAUGAACGCGAGUGGGACAACCUUGAAUUCCACCCAGAACGUUUUCUGAAUGACGAAGGCAAUCUGGCACCAAAGCCAGAAAGUUAUCUCCCAUUCUCUGCCGGUCGACGUGGAUGUCUUGGAGAAGCGCUUGUCAAAGAUGAAUUAUUUCUCAUGUUUACUUGCCUGCUGCAGCAAUUUGUAUUUACUGUACAACCGGGAGCUGAAAAACCUAGUUUGGUUCCUUAUUGUGAAGCUUUUAACUUAAGAUGUCAAAAGUAUGAAAUUAUUGGUAGAAAACAGAACAAGUAAACAGUUUUUAUCUCAUGAUGAUGGUUCAAAAUUUCCCAAAUCCACUGUACAAGUAAUUUUUAUUAUCAUUUUUCCAAAUCCAGUGAAUUUAGUGUCAACUUUUUUUAUCCAACAUCGAUGCAUUUAUUU